AUGUACACCCGCAGUGGGGUGCAGGGCUCCGGGUUCGGAGCCCCCGCCUCUUCCCGCCCGGCCCGGGACCCCCCUGCGUGGCGCAGGGAGCUGGGUCCGCCGCAGGGCCCCAGGCGGGGUUUGGAGGAGGCUCCCGAGAGCCCUUCGCGGGAGAGCCCGCAGCACGCGGGCCAGAGGUUCACAGGUGCAUAUACCUUGAUGGUACCAAAUGAAAAACGAAGAAAUGAGAUGCAACGGAUGGCUGCAAAAGAGCUGGAGGACCUGGAGAGGUGGAAGGAACAACAGAGGAUGAAGCCCAUUAACCUGGCACCCACACAGCUAGGUGGAAACCAGUCAGAGUUUGAAGUCAGGCAGAGACAGCAACUUCAACUGAUACAAUCUAAAUACCAGAAAAAGCUAAAAAGAGAAGAAUAUAUAAGAAUCAAGAGGGAAGCUGAAGAAGCCGAAAUCCAAAAAAUGAAGGCAGUUCAGAGAGAAAAGAGCAAUAAACUAGAGGAGAAAAAGAGACUUCAAGAAAACCUCAGAAGAGAAGCUUUUAGAGAACAUCAGCAAUGCAAAACUGCUGAGUUCUUGAGAAGACUCGACACACAGUCGCCACACAGAGGUACCUGUCCAGUGGCUGUUUGUGACCCACAAUCUUCAGCUUGGGCCAGAAGACAGGCUUAUACGGAUUCUAAAAGGGAAGAAACUAAAAAAUUGCAAAAGAUGAAGGACGAACACCGCCAGAAGAGUGAAUUACUGGAAUUUAAACGAGAGCAACAGGAGGAAGAAAGAGCCAAAAUCCACCAGGCUGAACACAGGAGGGUAAAUAAUGCUUUUCUGGACCGACUCCAAGGUGAAAGUCAACCAGGUGGCCUCCAGCACUUUGGAGGCUAUUGGAAUAUGAAUAAUGGUAACAGCUGGGAUAUAUGAGAAAUAUUUGCUUACAUCUGGCCUUUGUCAACUGACCUUGAAAAACCACGAGAUGUUUUUCCUUCUUGCAGCUUUGUUCAGCCUCACUAUUUUUACCUUGACU